CUCACCAUUUCCACCGUCCUCUCACUCUCUCUCUAGUUCUCUCUCACACACAAACACCAACAACACAUUCUACAAUGGGGAGUAGGGUUCUACUCUCAGCAGUGCUGCUGAGCUUAUGCUUGACGAUGAAUGUGUUUGGUGAUGGUGUCGACGACAAUGUCAGCUGGACACAAGCGCCACACCACGCUCCGUCGUACCAACCAGUGGCAGCUCCGGCACCUCACCACCAUCACCACCACCACAAACCUGGUGUUGGUCACCAUCACAAACUUGCUUCGCCUCCCAUGGCUCACGCGCCGACGAAAGCUCCUGUUCAUGCUCCGGUUCACCCACCCACUAAAGCACCUGUUCAGGCACCCACCAAGGCACCUGUUCACCCACCGAGUUCCUCACCGGCACCGUUCCUAGCUCCGAUCCCGGCGAGGAAGUUGGUGGCUGUUCAGGGUGUUGUUUACUGCAAGGCUUGCAAGUACAAGGGCGUUGAUACACUCUUGGGUGCCACUCCUCUUCCGGGAGCUGAGGUGCUGCUAACAUGCAACAAUACAAAGUACCCACUGAGGGUGAAAGGUACAACCGAUAAGAACGGGUACUUCUUCAUCAAGCCAACAAAGACCUUGACCACGUAUGGGUCCCACACGUGCAGGGUGAGCCUUCUAACCUCACCCAUGGCUACAUGCAAUGCGCCAACAGAUCUUCAUGCUGGUGUCAAGGGUUCGUUGUUGCUCCCUAACAAGAAGCCACCAUUGUCGAGCCCAGAUGCUCACCCACUUCCCUAUGAUGUGUUCAGUGUGGGUCCAUUCGCAUUUGAGCCUUCUUCCAAAACUCCAUGCGUCAAAGAAACGAUUGAGGGCUAAAUUUGACAAUAAGUAGUAGGUAAGGGGAGGUGUUUGAAAUUUCUAUAGUUUAUAUUAAACCCUAUGUGGUUAGUGUACGUGUACGGGUGUCCUUUGAUUUCUACUUGAAUAUGAUGUAUUGAUGUUAUUCGAGGGGAGUAUUGUAAUUUGUUUAACGUUAAGGGGUUAUUUUUGCUUUUGGUCA